GCGACCGGGACAACUGUGCGGUGAUUUGAGUUCUUGCCGCGAGACUCUUCCCCGACAGCGCAACACAUCCCAGGACGAGUGCACACAACGACUUUUCGUUCGUGGCCCGACCGAUAUGCAUUAGGGCAGUCGCACCUGGAGAAGAAGAUAGGCGCAGUAAGAAUGAAGUUUGAAGUUCAUAUGAGCGGGACAAUGCAGACAAGACACCAGAUUGAACUGAAGAGCCUGAAGUUUCUGUUUCUAUGUCUUUCCGUGUCCAUCCUAGCAUCAGGAGUUGACGCAGGCCAACCUGGUCCUCUUGGCCCGCAGGGACCCCAUGGGCCUCCAGGGGGCCUAGGGGACUCAGGAGUCCAAGGAGUCCAAGGAGAGAAGGGCGACCGGGGCAGAGGAGGCUUCAUCGGCCCCAAGGGUUCUGUGGGGAUGACUGGUGUUCCAGGGUUUUCUGGAUCGGACGGUAUUCCUGGCCAUCCAGGACAGGCGGGGACUCGUGGGAAACMUGGAGCAGACGGGUGCAACGGAACACAUGGAGAUUCAGGGUUGGCAGGGAAACCAGGCUACGAUGGCCAGCCCGGGUAUAAUGUACGUAUGAACCCAGUGAUGUCACCAGCAGUUGCGAUUUUAGUAUGUAAAUCUUGGUGGGCAAACAAUAUAUAUAUAUUUUUUACAUGCAUGCCAGCAAAGCCACUACACAACACAACACUAAACAAUACAUUAAUUGCACUAUAACGGUGACAAACUGUGCCCACAGACUGUUAGGUCCUACAUAAAGMUGUCCCAACAGCAGUCCCAACACUUUACAACUGCUACACCU